CUUGAAAAAAUAUAAAUAAAAUAAUUCGAUUUGUGGUCGCUUCUUCCUCUUCCUCUUCCUCCUCCUCUGAUUCUCUGUGUGCUCUAUUUGUUCCUGGGGGGUUUUUAAUCGGUGGACAUAUCAACCAACCAAACAGAUUGGAAUUUGGAAUUGAAUGCCAGUUCAAUCUUAUUGAUUAAUUUAUAUGGAAAUGGAGUUGAUCAGAGAUAUUAUCCUCGGAAGAGUUAAAUAGGAUAUCGAGUCUUCUCUCAUUUCUGCUGCGUUGGCACCCAUUGCUGUUUCAGAUAGAACUUGGAUGGACGAUAUUGAUUCUAUUUGAUUAAGAUCACUUGUCAGUGUUGAAGAUGAUGCAUGGGGAGGUUCUAAAAGCUCUGUUUCCUCUAUUGGAUGCCAAAGACCUAGCGUCAUCUAUGCAGGUAUGUAAGCAGUGGAGAGAUACUGCUAGAGAUGAUUACUUUUGGAAAUGCCUCUGUGCAAAGAGAUGGCCCUCCGUUUGCAAAAAUCCUUCCUCAACGCCACCAAUGACAUACCACAAGCUAUACCUUACCUUCUCAAAACGUAUCCAGCGCCGUACCCUCCUCCCACCAAGACUGUCCUUUGAUGACUUGGAAUUCUUUAUUGAUAUUUGGGCAGAAGACGUAAUUAUUUUCUCGGAAGCAAUUCAAGGUCCAAUUCUGAAGACUAAGAUUCCACUGGAAGAAGGCAUGUCUAACUUGCUGCGAUUCCAUCUACAGGGUUCCGAUUACAGGAUGACAAUCCCUGUUAAUCCGAGGUUUGAUGUUCGUUUAGGUCAGAGUGUUAGUGUCUCUGUGCUUGUUGGACGUAAGGAUUCUAACAAAAUCGCUCAGAUCGUCAAGAAAUCUGUGUUUGAUUAUAUUGAUAGAAGUGCACACAGAGCCCUCGCCUUUGACUAUCUUGACUUCUCUCCUCUGCACCCGUUCAUCUCGGGCGUCCGAUCCUGGGUCUCUAUAUUAUUCACGGAGGAAGGAAAUGAUUCGCUCCUCAAUGUUUUCGGGGUUCAGUUGGAUUUCUGUGAUGCUGCCAACUCUGAGGAUGAAGUGUUGUGGCUUUUAGACAUGCUUGAUUGGAAGUAAAAGAGGUCAAGAAGUUGUCAGACGGGUUGGUUCCGUCGUCUACUUAGGGGAGGUUUGCCUUGUCCUGUAAUUUGUUUUUUUUUUAUGUACAUUCUCAGUACUAUGGCUAAAAGUUAUGCAGAGUCUUGAAAAUCGACCUCGUAAUCACUUGUGUAUUCAAACUUAUCAAGAAAGAUUAUUAAAAAGUUUAAGGUUUAUUCAUAUUGUCAA